AUGGCAACUAAAAAUAAGAAGACCAAACUGAAAUCCCUUUCUGCUGGUCGCCCUCCCACGGUCAAGACAAAACGUUCGAUCUCCAGUAAAGCAACCAGAACUCUCAUUCGAACGCAUCACACCCUUGAGAAGCAGAGAACGAAAGCUCUUGCGGAUGGCGAUAAUGUCACGGCUGAAGUUCUCAAGAAGAGAAUUGAAGCACAGGGAGGUCUUGAGAACUAUCAACGAGCCAGUCUCAUUGGUCAGAGCAACGACCGGGGAGGAGAUAGUUCAAGGAUUCUCAUGGACUGGCUAGCUCCAUUGCUUCCAGCAUUGAAGGAGCAAAUUACGAAUGGCCAACCUACUCGGAUGUUGGAAAUUGGAGCUUUAAGUGUCACAAAUGCUUGUUCUAAAAGCCAUCUGUUUGAAAUUGAGAGAAUCGAUUUAAACAGCCAAGCCGAAGGGAUCACGGAGCAGGAUUUUAUGGAACGGCCUCUUCCGCUUGACGAGAAGGAACAGUUUGAUAUUAUUAGUCUCUCUCUGGUCCUCAACUAUGUCCCAGAUCCCGUGGGGAAGGGAGAAAUGUUAUUACGAAUUCUCAAGUUUCUGAAGCCCAAGAAGUAUCCUGAAGGUCUCGCAGAGUACUUGCCGAGUGUUUUCCUAGUUCUACCAGCUCCUUGCGUUACCAACUCGAGGUACAUGGACGAGAAGAAAAUGGAGGCUAUUAUGGAGGCUUUAGGAUUCUUGUUGGUCAAGAAGAAACUCUCAAAUAAGUUAGUGUAUUACCUUUGGAGGCUACAGGCACCGACCACCAAACGAAGUCUUGGGUUCAAGAAAGAGGAGUUGAGGUCGGGGAAGACGAGGAACAAUUUCGCUAUCGUCCUCAGGUGA